CACCCUAUGCAUCACAUUCCUCUACAAAUACACCAUCUUGUCCCAGCAUCUGCACACAAUCCCUGCAGGAGGCCGACCAACAACACCAAAGAAAAAGCCAAGAAAUAAAUCUUUUGACUCUCAUUCACAACCAAGGAUGGCAUCGGUGGGCGUUCAGAUCACGUGCGUGGCCCUGGGGGUCCUGGGCCUGAUCGGUGCUAUUGUGUGCUGCGCCAUCCCCCGCUGGAAGGUUUCCUCCUUCACCGGCUCCAACAUCGUCACUGCCCAGAGCCACGAGGAGGGCCUGUGGAAGUCGUGCGCCGUGCAGAGUACGGGCCAGCAGCAGUGCAAGAACUACGACUCUCUGCUGGUCCUGGCCGCGGAUCUGCAGGCGGCCCGCGCCAUGACCAUCAUCAGCUGCAUGCUGGCCGGCAUCAGUCUCCUGAUCUUGUUCUGCGGGGCCGACUUCACCACCUGUGUGGACAACGAGGAGACCAAGCCCAAGAUCAGCCUGGUGGCUGGCGUAGGCUUGCUACUGGCCGGCAUCGUCCUCAUCAUUCCCGUCAGCUGGUCGGCCCACCAGGUGGUCCAGGACUUCAACAACCCCCUGGUGGCCGGCUCGCAGAAACGCGAGCUGGGUGCCUGCAUCUACGUGGGCUGGGGGGCCGGGGUCCUGCUCCUCCUGGGCGGGGGGCUCCUGUGCUGCUUCAGUAGGCCCAAGUCGGGCGGCUCCGGGGGCACGGCCAAGUACUACAGCAACAGCGCCUCCGCACCCAACAAGAACUACGUGUGAGCCGGAGACAAUCAAUCCUAUUCUGGCCGGAGGUCUGUUAACCACGUUAGCUUAGAUCCUCUGUAAAUAGUCAACAACUGACAUGAAAUGUUUCUUUGUGUGGUGCGGGGAUGAAAAUGUACAUUUAGCUUCCAUUUUGUUGCAGUCGAGUUGUUUUUAUAAACAAUACUGUUAUGAUUUUGUAUUCAACAAUGAAAGAGUUGAAAAAACACAAAUGCUUGGAAAAUAUUGAUUUUAUUUCAAACAAGUGGCAUAUAUUAAAAAGAUUGGAGCAACAAA